AGGAGGAACCCGGAUGCUGAUGCUGCCCGAUGAGGAGAAGAGGAUGAAAGAGAGAGACAGAGGGAGAGUGGGGGAGAGAGAAGGACGUCACGGGCCGCCUUAUGUUUAACAAACCGAAAAGCAAACCUCUGAACUCGGACUUUCUGCUCGGACACUGUUUCACCGGGCCGGGGAGGGGGUGAGCCAAAGUGUGCACCGGAUAUUGGAAAACCCAUUCUUCUUGCUGAUGCUGUUACGAUAAUAGAUUAUUCUCUGGUCAUCGCCGAGUCUGCACCGAGAGGCACGUCCUGACCGAACCGAACCAGGCCUGGCUGCAGAGCGGGGGGGGUGGGGGGAGAGAGAGAAGGAAUUUUGGAUGGUACAGCAGUAGCCAGGACUGAGGGAGAGAAGGGGGGACGCUGAUAUCGACCCACUGCAUGGAUGUGAGCAGGGCUUCGCUCUGACUUGGGAUAUUUGAGACUCUGCUCUUAUAGAAAUCAAUCUGCGGCCAAGUGUAGCCUUCCUGCCCCGGUCUGGGGGAGAUUUUCCUCCCGUGCUCCACUUCUGGUCCACCCAGUAAACUCCACGGAUCAAUCGGCUCCGAACUACGGCCGUAUUUAUAGCACGACAGGUUGGACUGAACCGAACACAGACGUGAGACUAACAAAGACGUGUCUGUGGGUUCGGCUGAUUUUCUGUUUCCUCCUCCGGGUGAUGAUGCUGCUGUGACGGGAAAAGACCGAGUCGGAUGAUAGUUUAUUCUGAGGAGUGGAAACUGGGCCUGACCGCGUGACAAACAAGUACAUGGGAGUAUCCUGCAGGGCCCGGCGUUAGAUCACGACCACACCAGUCCUCCUCUCCUCUCCUCCUCUCUCUUCUCCUCCUCUCCUCCCUCCUCUCUCCUCUCUGUGUGUUUUUUCCUCCGCCUGUGAUGUCCGUUCCCGUUGGAGGCGCGGAGCUGGACCGAGCCCUUUCUUGAUUUCUCUUCAAUCAGGAGCAGAAUUCCACUCCUCCGGAAGGAUGAGCAGUAAAGAGCUGACGGGGGGGGGCCAGUCCAGCCAGUACGUGGGGCCCUACAGACUGGAGAAAACCCUGGGGAAGGGACAGACAGGUCUGGUCAAGUUGGGUGUCCACUGCAUCACCGGACAGAAGGUGGCGAUCAAGAUCGUCAACAGGGAGAAACUCUCCGAGUCGGUUCUGAUGAAGGUGGAGAGAGAAAUAGCUAUUCUUAAACUAAUAGAACAUCCUCAUGUUCUGAAGCUGCACGAUGUCUAUGAGAAUAACAAAUACCUGUACCUGGUGUUGGAGCACGUGUCGGGGGGAGAGUUGUUUGACUACCUGGUGAAGAAGGGCAGACUCACCCCUAAAGAGGCCAGGAAAUUCUUCAGACAAAUCAUCUCUGCCCUGGACUUCUGCCACAGCCACUCCAUCUGUCACAGAGACUUGAAGCCUGAGAAUCUUCUCCUGGAUGAGAAGAACAACAUAAGGAUAGCGGACUUCGGCAUGGCCUCUCUGCAGGUCGGGGACAGUCUGUUGGAGACCAGCUGUGGGUCUCCACACUACGCCUGUCCAGAGGUGAUACGGGGGGAGAAGUACGACGGUCGUAGGGCAGAUGUUUGGAGCUGUGGAGUCAUCCUCUUCGCUCUCCUGGUGGGUGCUUUGCCCUUUGACCACGACAACCUGCGGCAGCUGCUGGAGAAGGUGAAGAGCGGAGUGUUCCACAUGCCCCACUUCAUCCCCCCCGACUGUCAGGCUCUGCUGAAGGGAAUGAUCGAAGUCAACCCGGACAAGAGGCUAACGCUAGAAGCAAUACAGAAACACACCUGGUACCAAGGGGGGCGCAACGAGCCUUGUCCCGAGCAGCCGCCUCCUCGCCGCGUGUGUUUGAAGAGGAUUCUGUCGCUGACGGAGCUGGACCCAGACGUACUGGAGAGCAUGUAUUCUCUGGGCUGCUUCAGGGACCGGGUCAAACUCACACAGGACCUUACAAGUGAGGAAGAAAACCAGGAGAAAAUGAUCUACUACCUCCUGUUGGACAGAAAGGAGCGUUACCCCAGCUGUGAGGACGAGGAUCUGCCCCCCAGAAAUGACGCAGACCCCCCUAGGAAGCGCGUAGACUCCCCGAUGUUGACUCGUCACGGACGCUGUCGUCCAGAGAGGAAGAGCCUGGAGGUCCUGAGUGUCACAGAUCAGGGGUCUCCCACUCCACCUCGCAGGGCCCUGGACACGAACGCUCACAGUCAGAGGUCUCGGUCGGUCAGCGGAGCGUCAACAGGUCUGUCCUCCAGUCCUCUCAGCAGUCCCAGGAGCCCGGUCUUCACUUUCAACCAAUCAGAGGUCACCUCCACCUCGGCACCCUCCUCCAAAGACACUAAAGCAGGGACGACCACCGCCCCUCGGCCCGCACGUCCGCCUCCUGACCCAAAAACACAGACCUUGCCCUCCAAAGGCCCCGCUGAGCGACCUCAGCUUCACUCCAUGAAGUCCCUCCCCCUUCAGUCGCCACGUUCCCCGUCUCCGUCUCCAUCUCCGCUCCUCUCCCCCAUCCCACCCUUCUUCAACUUCCCUUCUCCAUCUGUCUUCAAGUCCAAGAACUCCCACUCCUCCUCUAACUCCUCUCCCACCCCUCCUCCUGUUUCGCAGGUCACGCCUCAAGGCUCACCUCUGCCCACCCCCCUGGGCACACCCGUGCACCAAAUUCAGCACCCUUCCUCUACCACCCCUCCCUCCUCUUCCUCGUCAUCUUCUUCUUCCAGAGCUGACGGAGCUAGCGGGGCUUCCAUGACCCUGACACCGCCCUCCAGCCCGGGUGGCAGUGGAGGGAUGGCCUCCUCAAGCUCCGCCCACUGGAGGACUAGGCUCAACUCCUUCAAGAACAACCUGCUGGGCUCACCGCGUUUCCAUCGACGCAAACUACAAGUCCCUACAUCAGAGGACAUGUCCAGUCUGACUCCAGAGUCCAGUCCAGAGCUGGCCAAGAGGUCGUGGUUCGGAAACUUCAUCAGCCUGGAGAAAGAGGAGCAGAUCUUCGUUCUGAUCCGAGACAAGCCGCUGAGCUCCAUCAAAGCCGACAUCGUCCACGCCUUCCUGUCUAUCCCGUCCCUCAGCCACAGCGUGGUGUCUCAGAACAGUUUCAGGGCAGAGUACAAAUCCUCCGGCGGCCCCUCGGUCUUCCAGAAGCCUGUCAAGUUCCAGGUUGAUAUCGCGUAUUCAGAAGGAGACAGAGAACGAGAGAGAGAACGAGCAGAGAGGGAAGGAAGGAGAGAGUUUGGCAUCUACAGCGUGACCUUCACCCUCAUCACAGGUCCCAGCCGCAGAUUUAAACGAGUGGUUGAAACCAUCCAGGCUCAGCUGCUCAGUACUCAUGAUCAGCCUUCUGUGCAGGCACUGGCUGACGAGAAGAACGGUCAGCUCUCUCGCCAGCCCAGCACUCCGUCACGUCAGAACUCCCGACGUUCAGAAAGCGGUUCUGAUCGGGCCGAGAGGGAACGCGCGGCAGACGGCGGGAGCGGCAGCGGGAGCAGCAGUAGCACCGUCUUACAAAGGCACGGGUCGGGCAAAGACAAGACCAGACUCCUGUCAUCGUCCAACGGGACACAGUCUCAUCCCUGAGAGAAUGUUCUGGAAGAGAGGCCUUCUUCUCACUUCCUCCCUCCUCCGUCCUUCCUACAUCACUCCUUACUUUCCCAUUUCCUCACUCUCUGCCUUCUUUCUUUUGGCCGUUACUCCUUAGCAGUGGAAUGAAGGGGGGGGGGUUCUUGAAUUUGACCUAAGGACAUAAGAGCCUUCGAGGUGAGCUGUUCCCAGGAGGGACUGGAGACAGAAAGACAGAGAAUCCCAAGAAGUCACAGCUUUCCAGAGGAAUGUUGGGGAAACUGACGGUCAUGGAACCACAGAGUUCACUGGACAGGUCAGGAAAAGCACAUGGAGCCGUCACGUACAGAACCGACCCGAACAGGACACCCUAGAUGACCUCCUCCUCCUCCAUCGCCUCCUGACCGACCACACGUCACCUGGAUCUCCACCUUCGCUCCACACGACCCGACCAACCGCGGCGGGACGUCACCAUACUUUUUAAUCAAAGACAAAGGUGCGUUCUCCAGUCGGGCAACCAAACAAUGUAGCCUUUCAGGAAAAGAAAUAACGACAGCGGAACGAGUUGAACGAAGUGAAUGUUAUCUGUAAUUAAUUAGUGAUAAUUAGAGCAGUUUUAACAACAGGAGCUGGAGCGCAGCAGCAUUCAUCACGACAGGACGUCCAGUGAGUCCAACCAUUAUUUGAAUUACUCUGACGAAGCUAACAUGCCAUAAUGCCUUUAACGGAGAAGAAAAAGUGGACGGCCAAUUAGAGUUAACCUCAUCUUGAGAACCCUAGCCCCUCUUCUGGUAGACCCUGUAAACACGCCCACUAGAAGAGCUGAGACGACUCAGCAGAAACAAAGAUGAUUGGUACGAUUGGUGUGUCCAGCAGGGGGCAGUGCUCCAUGACACCCCCCUUUUUUACUAGUCACUGACUGUGUAAGUGAAUGGAGACCCAUACUUUAGACCACAUUUAAACACAGGGUCAGGGGUCAGAGGUCAGAGGUCUAAAGUGAGGAUUUUAUUAAGGCUUAUAUUUAAACCACCGUCCGAUCUCAGCUUCUAAUUUGAACUGAUAAAAAUGACAGGAAAUAACUUCAGAAAAAGAGAAUUCCAACAUUGUUACUUUCUUAUUUUUAUGCACUGAAGGAGUUCACGUUAGACUAGAUUAUUCUGCACACGAUAAUGAAGGUCAUCAUAAAAUAAACUAAAAAAAAGGACAAACAUCAUGAUGCAAUAAAUCUAUUUCAGGACGUC